AUGAAUUUCAGACAGUUGCAGCCUUUUUGUGAGGAUCCAGCGGACCGUGGACCCUGUAAUAAACUAGAACUGCGAUACAGGUUUAAUGAAGAUAGCGAAUAUUGUGAGACAUUCUUGUACGGAGGCUGUGCCGGAAACAAAAAUAAUUUCAAAACCGUUGGCGAGUGCGUCAAAGCAUGUGUAGAUGAGCCGAAAGGAACGAUCUGCGACUUCCCACCUGACGCUGGGUCAUGCUUUCACGCCACUCUACCUCGCUACUAUUUCGAUGAGGAGACGGAGAGUUGCAAGAUAUUUUAUUACAGUGGUUGUCAAGGAAACGAGAAUAAUUUCGUAUCGGGAGAGCAAUGCAAGACAAAAUGCAAUGCGUUAUCAUUUGAGCCACUUCCGGCCGGAUCCAACCAGGCGUCUAAUUAUCAAUGGAACGACCCUGGUUCCGGAACGAACUCUGGGAAUAAUUGGAACACUCCCGCCCCCACCAGCAGUGUGAACUGGAAUAACCCCCGGCCCACCAAUGUAGUGAACCGAGGGUGGGGUGGUCACUAUAACAGUAAUGUGAACAAUAACCACAACGUUACCCCACGGAAAUCUAACGGACCGCCCACGAAUUACAACUACAAUGGUGGAAAUUCACAUGACCCACGAAAUGGCAAUAAUAAUCAUCACCAUCCAAAUAAUCACAAUCACAAGCCAAAUAAUUACAACCACAAGCCAAAUAAUCUCAAUCCAAAUAACUAUAAUAAUCCAAAUAGUCAUAGCAACAACAACCACAACAAUAAGAAUCCUCACCCUACUUAUUCCGCCCCAGUGAUUGGAAGUCACGGUAAAUCAAUCACGUUCGUGGAGAAUGAUCCCAACAAUCAGAAGCGUAGCAACCUACCCCCUGCGAUACAAACCCCAGAACUUAGAGAGUACAACGGUAAUUCACCCUGGAACCGCGGAGGAUGGAACAGAUGGAACAGUAAUCCAAACCACAACGCUAAUAAUGGUGGUGAAGGUGAAAACUCUUGGCGAUCCAAUGAAUCGAGACCUCCCCAAAACCAAGGCGCUGAUAACAGAUGGAAUAAUCGAAAUAAUGAAGGAGGUGGUGGCGGCAGUGGUGGUGGUGGUGGUGGGAAUCCUUGGAAUCAUUCCAUGUCUUUCAAAAGAAGAGUUGGAGCACACUCUAAUAAUCGAAACCCCCCACCUUCAGCAAAUCACAACGGGAAUGGGCAAGGUCAGAAUCCAUCGAAUGGAUCUCCUUGGAAUCCAUCAAAUUCAAAUUCCAACUGGAAUGCACCGGCUCAAGGAGGACCCAGAGGAUCUAAUGGACCAAUGUCUCCCAUGGCUCAUCUCAGACGAAGAUUUGGCAACGAUGCACACGGACCCCCGCCACAAACUACCACCGUAGAAGAUGACUUAGUGAUAACAACUACACCUCAACCAGAAAGCACCCAGGUGUAUAACUACAACCAGUCACCUCACCAAAGUAAUUACAACUGGGAUGGUCCGUCAAACCCGAUAUCUCCGAACAACCCACCUAAUUAUUCGUCUAACCACCAACACAACAACCGUCAACCAGAUUUUCCCGUCACCAGUGGACAACCAUUUCCUCCAAAGAAGAGCAACAGAAUUGACCAACAUCCUAAAAAGAAUCCAGGUUUUAAUCCACCUCCACCGGAACCUAGUUAUAGUUAUGAUAUGCCUAAACAGAAAAAGUCAUCUCGUAAAAAGUUUUCACCAGACUGGCUCCAGCAAGCAGAGAGUUUCCAAAAUAACCAGCAGAUACCUAACCCACCAACAACUACAACGAGGCCCGCUCCCCCACCUGUUCUGAAUAAUCGUCCUCUACCGGGACAGACUUCAUGGGACAAUAUAUUUCGCAAGAAAAAAGGAGGAGCACCUGAACCUAGUCAGCCUCAGGUAGUUCCUACUCAAAUCACGUCUUAUGAUUUCGAAGCAGGUUCUCCUGCAAACGCAAAUACUGAAAACCUGCAGAAUAGUUUUGACAGGUUGAUUGGGACAGAAAUCAAAACACCAAAAGAACAAAGUAGAAGUUUCCAAACGACAUCGAAUAACCAAUAUGAUUUCCAGGCAAGUCCGAAUGGACAUCAAUCAAAUGGCGAGAAAGCGAAUCAUCGCCAUGAAAGUGGGGUAGAAAACAAUGUACCAAAUCAACAAAGGGGAAGUUUUCAUUCAGCAUCAAAUACAAAGGGUAACCAGUAUGAUUUCCAGGCAAGUCCGAAUGGACAUCAAUCAAAUAGUGAGAAAGAGGGUCAUCGUCAUGAGAGUAGGGUAGAAAACAAUACACCUAAACAACAAAAGGGGAGUUUUCCUCCAGUUUCUAAUCAUAAUGCUAAUCAAUAUGAUUUCCAAGCAAACUCAAAUGCUGCCACAAGUGAAACAUCUUAUUUUCGCCAUGGACAACAAAAGACAAAAUCAAAACAAGACUUUCGACGAGAAAAUGCCAGAAGAAUGUUUCAAAACCAUGUACAAAAAGGUGAUGUAACCAUUGAUAGCUCUCCAAGGCAAAAUGAACAAUUCAAGAGCACAAAUGGUCCCUCUAACACGCCGAUAUCAUCGCAUGGACACCAAAAUUACCAAGAAACAUUGAUGUCACACGAGAAGCAACCACGCAUACAUGAACAACAAUCAAGUAGAAACCAAAUGCACAGCAAAGGAAACAGAAAUAAUAUCGAUAACUUUAUGAAAUCAAAGCAAGGUAAUGUACCAGCUUCAAACACAGACGGUUGGAAUAAUCCCAACAAUAAUGUUGACUCGUUCAUAAAGCCCAAACGUCAGAGAUCCUCCAUCUCGAUUCCAGAUAAUAGUUUUGACUCUUUUUUGAAACCCAAGGAAAACAAACGUCAUGGAUCCUCCAAUUCUAACCCAGACAAUAGUUUUGACUCAUUUUUGAAACCCAAAGAAAACAAACGUCAUGGAUCUUCCAAUUCUAACCCAGACAAUAGUUUUGACUCAUUUUUAAAACCCAAGGAAAACAAACGUCAUGGAUCCUCCAAUUCUAAUCCAGACAAUAGUUUCGACUCUUUUUUGAAACCCAAAGAAAACAAACUUCAUGGAUCCUCCAGUUCUAAUCCAGACAAUAGUUUUGACUCAUUUUUGAAACCCAAGGAAAACAAACGCCCUGAAGGACAUAAAGCCAGUGGAAAUAUCGAUGAGCAUAGCCCAUCAACCACAAAUUCUCGUAACAGCUUUGACAACUUCCUUCGAAGAAAAACGGAAAAUGGUCCAAAUAAUCAUAGGGGUCAUGGCGGAAAUAACAGACCCAACUAUGACCAUCUCACUUCCGAGUUCAACUCCUUUCAGGACAAAAAGCAACAGCUAAGUGAUAUCAAUAAUGCGGCUGUUAGAAAUACACAUUUGCCUUUAAAACAGAGCCAUUCAACAGAACGAGUAACAGCUAAGAUCGAAGGACACACAGAAAACCAUAAUGCACCACGCGGAUCAGGUUUUCGACAAACACAAUCGCAUACGAAUAAGGAAACGACACACCCUUACCGUCGAAAAGAAGCCUUUGACCUUUCCGGAACACACAACGUUCAGUAUUCGCCAACUGAACCUCCCACACGACCGACUUCAGUGUUGUCAGGAGCAGAUCAUUAUACGGAAGUUAAGCCUUCUUUAGGACAAGGUCAGAAUACACCCACAGCAAGACCUGGUUUCGGGAUUUCUCCUGGUAUCCGAGAAUACAUGAGCGACACGCCAGCUCAAAAUUCUAGAACGGAAUUUACUUUGGCGAGGACAACGCCUCAACAUCAUGCUCAAACCGCAGGAAAUUCAAACAAUGCAUUCCCAAGCAAACUGUUACUGUGA